AUGUUUAAAAUAGCAUCGAUAUUUUACUAUGAUUUGCAACACAGGACUAUUGAUAGUAGUUCAUCGUCUUUACUGUUUGAUAUCAAAGAAAAAACUAAAAAAUUUUCGAAUAUCUCUUUAUCGUCGGCAAAAAAUGAAAUCGAAUCAUUAAAUUCGACAAUAGCUAAUAAUCUUACAACGAUCGAGUAUUAUCGAGAAUAUGUUAAAAGAAAAAAUCAUGAACAAUUUAUGUAUAAUAGUAAUUUAUUUUUAUCGAAAACAACACGCUACAUUCUACUUGUACAAGUACAUACACGUGUUGUUUAUUUUAAAAAAUUCAUUGAAAUGUUACAAGUAGUUGAAACAAUAAAUGAAUCUUUAGUUAUAUUUAGUCAUGAUUUUAUCGAUUCCAACAUAAAUUCACUUAUCACAAGCAUAACAUUUGUUCCGGUGAUUCAAAUUUUUUAUCCAUUUUCACAACAACUUUAUCCAAGUGAAUUUCCAGGUCUUGAUCCAAACGAUUGUCCACGUGACAUAGUCCGACAUAAAGCAUUGGCUAGUCGAUGUAAUAAUGCACCGAAUCCGGAUAGAUAUGGACACUACAGAGAAGUAUCGAUUGUACAAAUCAAGCAUCACUGGUGGUGGAAACUGAAUUUUGUUUUUAAUUCAAUUGAAAUAUUACAAAAUCGUACAGAUUAUUUAUUACUUCUACUUGAAGAAGAUUUUUAUUUAUCACCUGAUGCACUUGUCUUUCUGAAAAAAAUGGAAACUACAAAAGAACUACUAUGUCCCGAAUGUUUAUUUUAUACACUAGGAAAUCUUGAAAAAGCAGGCCGACAAUUUGGAAAACUUAGUUCUAAGAUAUCAAUUGCAUAUUGGCAUGCAAGAUACAAUCUUGGUAUGACAAUAUCUCAUUCAUUAUGGACUUUACUUGUAAAAUAUGCUGAAGAAUUCUGUACUAUUGAUGAUUACAAUUGGGAUUGGUCACUUGUUUAUUUAGCACAGCAACGCUUUCAAUUUCCUCGAGUUAUGUAUUCGAGUGCAACAAGAGUUAUACAUCUUGGAUCAUGUGGUACACAUCAUAAAAAAUUUUGCUCCAGUGAAUCUGACAUUGCUCGGUGGACAGAGACAGAUAAAUUGUAUCGAGAUAAUCGAAAAUAUUUAUUUCCAGAAACAUCCCUAUCUGUACAUCUUAAAUAUGAAGGUAAACGCAUCUUCAAACAGCCAAAUGGUGGAUGGUCUGAUAUACGCGAUAGACAAUUAUGUCUUUCGUUUGCAUUCAAAGAUUACAAAAAUAUCACUCCUAUUGAUGCAAAAAUAUAA